CUUCCAAGAAAUGUCUCCCCAGGAGUUGGGGCCAUUUUCGCUGAAGCCCCUGCCCUGGGCUGGGGAUGCCUCUCUAUGUUUCCACCAAUUGUAGGCAUGUGCCCCUCCUCUCUUUCUCUUUAGGAAGGCGCUGGGGUGUGGGGUGGCCAAGGCUGCAGUCAAGAUUCCUGUCCUGAACUAGUCCUCCCUCGUCCGCCUCAACUUUGUAUUCAAGUAUUGCUUUGGGGUCUGGGUUGGUUUUCUUAGGUCCAAGCCCGGGCCCUCUCUUCCAGGGUAUGUGGAGUGCAGAGGAUGGGUGGAGAGUGGGCUUGGCCGGAACUGAAUUGGUGGAGGUGAAAGGGGAACCGAGGAUCCUCAGCUUUGGCCACUUCGACCCAGCGAACCCACUUUAUUUUUAGCCGAGGGAAAGAGCCGCAUGGGCAGCAGGGGGGGGGGAUUCUUUUUAGGAAGUCUGCUUUGCUGGCCCCCCGAUUUGGGAUUGGAUGCUUGAGAGCUUUGUUUCCCUGGUUGCGAGGGUGACCCAGCUGAGUCUGAAUUGACUCCCUCUGCCCCGGCCCUCCUCCCCAUUUUCCAGCCAGGAGGAAAAGGGGAGGUGGGGGCCCAGCAAGAGAAGGCGAGAGCGAGUCGCUGGCAGACAGGGGCGGGUGUGAAGGAAACAGCUGUCUUGCGAUCAGCUGAGAAGUAUGAGCCUCGGGGAGGACGGUAUGAGGUCCGGAAACAUCAGGAGUCCCCAGCUAGUGACAUGGGCGAUAUGGAUCAAUUCAUAAACAACUUGAAGGCCCAGCUUAAUUCAGAAGGUAGCUCAAUGCAUGUAUUCAAACAGGUCACUGGCUCUGUUCAAAUCAGAGAUCCCCCAAAGACAGCAGGCAGAGGCAAUAUGACAUCUCUACCAUUUCUGGAUGCCAACCCCAUGGAGAACCCAGCACUGUUUAAUGACAUCAAGAUCGAGCCUCCAGAAGAACUGCUGGCCAAUGAUUUCGGUCUGCCCCAGGUGGAACCAGUCGACCUCUCCCUCCACAAGCCCAAGGCUCCUCUCCAGCCUGCCAGCAUGCUGCAAGCGCCAAUCCGUCCUCCCAAGCCGCAGCCUGCUCCCCAGACUCCUGUCCUGUCCACUUCGACAUCUGAUGCAGGCACUUUAGCAAACAUCCCUGCCGUUCUGACUCCAGGCUCUAUCCUGGCCUCCUCUCAGGGCACUGGUGGCCAGCAGAUCUUCCAUGUGAUUCACACCAUCCCCUCAGUCAGUCUGCCAAACAAAAUGAGUGGCCUGAAGACCAUACCAGUAGUGGUACAAUCGCUGCCCAUGGUGUAUACUGCUUUGCCUGCAGAUGGGAACCCUGCAGCCAUUACAGUCCCACUCAUUGGAGGAGAUGGCAAAAAUGCCGGAUCAGUGAAAGUUGACCCCAUGUCCAUGUCUCCACUGGAAGUCCCAAGCGACAGUGAGGAAAGUGCAAAUGAGGGUGGAUCCUUGGCCUUCCAGGGACUGCAGCAAGAACCAGCAGCAAUGACCCAAAUGCAGGGAGAAGAGUCCCUUGACUUGAAAAGAAGACGGAUUCACCAAUGUGACUUUGCAGGAUGCAGCAAAGUAUACACCAAAAGCUCUCACCUGAAAGCCCACCGCAGAAUCCAUACAGGAGAGAAGCCUUAUAAAUGCACCUGGGAUGGCUGCUCCUGGAAAUUUGCUCGCUCAGAUGAGCUUACUCGCCAUUUCCGCAAGCACACAGGCAUCAAGCCCUUCCGGUGCACAGACUGCAACCGGAGCUUUUCUCGCUCUGACCACCUGUCCCUGCACCGCCGGCGCCAUGACACCAUGUGAGCUCCACAGUCCUCACUAGAAGAGCUGCGCUGGUCUCAUUCCUGUGUGUGUGCUGAGGUCAUGACCAUCUUUUCCUCUUUGACUUCAGCUUGCCUCUGGGAUGGGACUGGAGUAGCUCACUGAGCCAGGUUGAUGAGACUGGAGGAAAAGAUAGCUGAUUUCCCAUGGUGGCUCCUCAUAUUCCAUCUUCACAUCUUCGUAUAGGUUGAAUAAAAAGUGUGGCACCCCUGGUCACAGAUGGGACACUUUUUCUACAAUAACAAAACAGGAAUCCAACUCAAGGCUGUGAACAAACAUAUGCUGCUUUUUUCCUGUUUUUCCCUCCUUUUGUUCUAGAAUUCUUAUCCAUAUUUUUGAAAAAUCAGUACUUAAAAGUGGUUGGUAGUGUUUUAAAAUGACUUUUUUUUUCCAAGUUCCUAGAGAGAAGAGGGCAUAACAGUGUAGCUUAUCGGUAGCAUGGAUUGGCAUCCUGAGCAUAGGACACAUUCUCAGUGAAUAUACUGAGUCCCAUACAAAACUCAAAGGUUUUGUAAAUCCAAUCCUAUUUGUCCUUACAGUUUGGUUUUCACACAGUGCGGGCACUUCUGCUUCUUAAGUCCAUUGGAGGGAAUGAAGUGAUCUUGUCCAUCUCCUUCUCCUUCCUUCUCUUCCUCCUUCAACAUUAAGGAUUUUACAGCACAAUCACCUUCUUUUUGGGUUAAAUAUUAGUUAGGACAAAUAUUUGAAGCACACAUUGACAUGCCGGUAGGAUGAAAAAUGUUUCAGGAAGAGUAUGUUGGACCAUGACAGGAAGAAGCAGAACCACGAUAAUCCUGAAAACAAAUAGAGAGGGACUUUCACUUGGAUAUGACGCUAAAAGUGCUGUAAUCACAAACCUCAUUCAAAUGGCAGCCUGUUGAGACAGUGUCUUGAGGGGCUGUACUGUACUGUUUAUUCUUUUGUUUACAUAAAGCAACUAUUAUGAGUGUAAUGCAUGAUGAGAAAUCAUACACUGGGGCCAUGUCAUAGAAAGGUGAGGGGUUGUAAGAAAAAUCUUUGUUCAUUCCAUGGCAUUAUUAGCAUGCAUUCCUGUGUUUCAUUUGGAAUAGGAGGCUUUUAGUGAAAACUGAGAUACAGAAAGUAAUUCGAUGUUCUGCAACUGCUACGAGCACCUAUGGCAUUUCUUUUAGCCAUUACAGCAUAUUGCAUAAUAGAGACAUUUGGUUACCAAAUCUGACUAUUUCAUAAUAGUCUCUGAGACAUAAAACCCUGUGUUCCAGGCUCUGGACCUCAGAUCUACCUCCACAUGUCAUAUUGCCUCUCUUCAGGGGGAGGGGGAGUUUGUAUCACUUAACUUUGGACUCAGCCUCUCUCCUAAAGGUUCAUAUGGAACCCCUUUUCCUUGGCAGAUAUUCAACCAGUCCCUGCUUACAUAUUUUAGGUUACUACCUCCCAAGGUUUGUCCAUUCUGAAUACAUCAUAGAAUUCUAGCACCAAUGAGGGAUCCUAUUAGCCAUCUAGUCCUAUCCAUCAUUCAUAUUUUACAGAUGAGACAAAUACGGGUCAGAUUCUUUCCACAGAUGUUCCUUGAGGCCUUAUAGACCUGCACACUCAUUCUCCUAGGGGUCACAUUGUUAAACCAGAUUAGAGAAAAAUUUACAUGAUUGGUUGCAGUAUUUGUCCAAUUUCAUAUGUUAUGCUUCAGAAAACUUUAGAACACUCAGUUGAUUAGCUAAUAAGUAAAGUGUGCUUGCAGUAUGGGCAUAUAACAUUAGGUACACAAUAUUUAUCUUCUAACACUUUCUGUAAUAUCUCAGAAUUGAUUUACCUCAUUUAAACAUAGAAUGUCCAGAUCAUAAACCUUUAUAAAUUCAAGGCCUGCCUGUAUUAUUCAAAAUGACACAUGGAUUUUUACUCUUCUCGUUGUUAUUUUGAAACAGACUUUCCCCUGACUUUCGGUGUGUAAGUUCCACACUAUAGACUGAAAGGGAACGUUUAUGUAGCGCUAAGAUUGUUAAAGGUGACUUACCAUCAUACAUAUUGGCUUAAGCUUAUAAUUGAGUAGAUGAUACAGUGUUUCACAGUAGAGUCCAAGGACCCAUUUUCUCCAGAGUUUGGAUCCUGAGAUUCCCUUUUCCAGAGUUCAUAACUGUCUUACACCCCCAGACCUCAGGAUCUUUUGCAUUGGAGCAUAUAACCUGUUUAUAAAUAAAGGCUAUCAAACAUACUAUUGUACUAACUAUGAUGAUCAAAUUAAAAUUUCUAAUAUUGCUAUCUCUGCCACCCCUAAACCUUUAUUCAAUUUUUUCCUGCAAAGUAAUGAGGGAUUUUGUUACUGCUUUAUUAAUAGCCCCUCCAAAUAACAAUAAAAUCAUUCCAAUCAUUAUAUAUUCUUUAAGAGAUGUGUCAAAAUUUAUUAAGAGUAUUUCAUACCAUACAGGGAUUCAAAUACAGUACAAUACAGUACUGCACCAAAAGCACAUAGAAUUUUGUUAAGUAGACAGAUGAAAAGGAAUGGUAGCUCUUUUUAAAAAUAUGUUUUUAUUUAUUUUUAGAGAGGGAGGAAGAGAGAGAGAGAAAGAAAGAUAGAAACAUCCAUCAGCUGCCUCCUGCAAACCCCCUACUGGGGAUUGAGCCUGCAACCCAGGCAUGUGCCCUGACCGGGAAUUGAACUGCGACCUCCUGGUGUGUGGGACAAUGCUCAAUCCACUGGGCCACACCGGCUGGGCAGGAACUGUAGCUCUUAAAUAGCCUUGUUCGCUGGGACUGGACAAUAUCCUGGGAUUUGUUGCAGUGGAGUUCCUCCAUCUGUAGAUAAUUGUCAGUUGAACAUAACUAUUGAUGAUUAUAUUGGAAAAUUCUGGAAAAACUGAAGAAUGUGAAUUGGUUAGUUAGAUUAGGUGGAAAGAAUUGUGGGCAAGACAGAAAGAUUUGUGAAGGUAACUUCUUUUUAAAUAAAAUGUUUAUUUUUAGGACAGUUGCAGAUUUACAGAAAAAUUGUGAAGAUUCUACAGAGUUUCCCUAUACCCUACAUCCAGCUUAUUAACAUCUUUCCUUAGUAUGGCACAUUUGUUAGAAUUAAUGAAGUAAUAUUGAUGCUUUAUUAACUAAAGUCCAAACUUUAUUCAAAUUUCCUAAAUUUUUAUCUAAUAUCCUUUUUUGUUGUUGUUACAGCAUCCCAUUCAAGAUACCAUGUCACGUUUAGUGGUCAUAUCUUCUUGGGCUUUUCUGGAAUGUGGCAUUUUUUCAGAUUUUUUUUCCUAUUGGCCUUGACACUUUUGAGUAGUAUGUCCCUCAAUUGAGAUUUGUCUGAUAUUUUUCUUAUGAUUAAACUGAGUUUAAAAGGAGGAAGACCAUAGAGGUAACCGGCUCUUUUCAUCACAUCAAAUUAACAUGAUUUAAUCUUUGAUGUUAACCUGGACUACCUGGCUGACAUUGUGUUUGUCAGCUUCCUCCUUUGUUCUUUCCCCCACAUUCCAUACUGUACUCUUUGGAAGAAAGUCACCAUGCAGCCCACACUUAAGGAGAGCGGAGUUGUGCACCACAUCCUUGAGUGUGAGUAUCUACAAAAAAAAAUUAUUUGGAAUUCUGCAUGGGAGAUUUAACUCUUCUCCCUCAUUUAUUUAUGUAAUAGGUUUACUUGUAUCAGUAUGGACUCACAUUUACUUUAUACCUGGGGUUAUAAUCCAAUAAAAUUUUAUUUUGUAUGCUCAAAUUGUUCCAGCUUUGGCCAUUGGAUGCUCUUUUGGGUUAACUCCCAAGUCCUUUUGACAUACCCCCGUCAUUUUCUUUUUAAGCAUAUACUUAUUUGUUGGCACUACAAGAUGCUCCAGGCUCAUCUUGUAUAUUUUUGGCCCACUUCUAUAAUCAACCAUUUCUUUAAGGAGCCCCGAUUCCUUUUAAUGGAUAAUUGUAUUAGAAACCAAGAUCUAGGAUUAGGUAUGCUUAUGGCUACUGGGGUAUUGUUGCUUCUAGGCCAUCUCAGCUGACAGAACAAGCAAAUAUAUGUAUGUACACUAACCCAUGUAUAUAUACACAUAUCUACAAAUAUUUGUAUAUGUAAUCUUCCAUAUCUUUAUUAAGCUAAACGUGAGUUCAUACUGAUGUUGCCAACACCAGUCUAUCACCAAAUGUAUCAUUCUAGCCUUUUCCCUUUGCUUAUUUGUAACCUCCCACUCAAACAGUAAAAAACCUGUCUCCCUCACUCAGACAUCUAUUUGCUCAAUUGUGCAAUUCUAGUAUAAAUAUAUAGCAGUAUCUGAAUUGUUAAUCUGUACACUGUGGAUAACAACUAGAACACAGUGCUUAUGUGUAUGACAGUAACAUUUUCUCAAACUCCAACAACUUUUUGAAACAAAGUGAUCUGCAAAAUUUAGGAAUUAGGGAUUUCUAUGUUCUUGGUUCCAAGAAUUUGAGAAUCUAUUCUGCCCCCCAAAAGUGUCUUCAAUAACCAAACCAUUAGGAAUGGAGCCAACCUUGAAUAAGCCUAGGGAAAUUAUUGAUUCCCCCAUAGUGUGCCAAUAUCUACAUAGAGAGAUGGACACAGAAGAAAGUAGGUAUGCCCAAUUAAAACUAAAAUAUAACAUGAUCCUUUCUCACUGGCAAAUAUGGCUCUCUGACAUUAAGGGUGCUACCCUAAGUUACCUCUCCCAUAUUUUCCCAUCUCUCACUUGGUUGACCUUAGGCAAGUCACAUCACCUCUCUGUGCCUCAGUUAACCCAUCUGUAAAAUGGGAAUCUAAAUAUCUACCUCACAGGAAUGUUGUGAGGAUUAUUAAUGGAUGUUGGCAACAAUGAUGGGAGAUGCCUAAAUGAAUAAAAAGUAAUAUGAUCAUCACUAUGAUGAUAAUUCUAAUAACCUAUAUUUUUCCCUAGAAAAUGGAGAGGAUUAGGCUUUCUGGGUGAUAAAGAGCUAAAUUUGAGUCAGUAACAAGGAUAAUUGAAGAGCGGUCACUGGAAGCAAUAUUAUUUCCUAUUCUACUUUCACUUUUCCUACAUGCUCCUUGUUAUUAACUAUAGAAUUCUGAUCUGUUUCCAGACUCAAAGCAUAUUAGAGCCUAAAGGGAUAGGUAGGCAAAAUCCAGUGCUACAAACGCUGUAUUCCCCUUUCUUCACUCUGCCUGGGCCACAUUAUAUGUCACCCUGUCAGAAGCACAAAGGCAAUUUCCCAGAACCCUUCAGACACUGGUUCAACUUCACCAGUUACAUUUCUCUCUUUCCCCACUUACUGUACCCUGAACGGUAUAGGUAGGAGGGAAGUGAGGUGGAUGUUUGGGGUGGGAGUGGGAUGGAAGAGGAUGCAAUUUAUACCAGUGGCAGGAUGAUUCUCUGGUUUCACCUUCCAUUUCCUUUUCUGAUGGUGGAUUGAGGGCUGAGGGAGAGAGAUUAUUUUGUUAACUGUUUAGCUCUCUUUCCCUUCCAGUAGAUGUUUCCCAGGGUCAGUAGUUGUGUUGGACAUUACUUUUUAAGUAUGUUGUAGGCAGUGCUGUGUUCAUUGUAUUUCUGAAUGAAAAGAGGAAGAGAAUCCCUAGUAUUGUCCAUCCCUGUUUUUUGGCAGGAGGUCACAGCAGCAGAGCAGUCCCCGAAACUUUUUUGUGUCUGUGUGUUGGGGAAAGGAGCCCGAAGUGAAGGGACUGACUGAUUUUUUUUUGUCAUUGUUAGUUUGUUUAAAGAAAUUACAGAACAGUAUAUAAGCUUUAGUCUCUAUAACUCUUAUGUUCGUGCCUCGUUAUUUCAGUGCUUUAGAGCAGCACCCCAUUUUCCUCUAUGUUAUACUAGUUCUUGCUCCAGAGAUAUGGCUUUGAGGCUAGGAUCAUGAACAAUCUCUUAUAUAUGAGCCUGUUGUGCACCUGGAAAUACUCAAGGAUUUCCUCCGCUAGCAUGGCCACUUUAGAGGUUACUCUGUUCUAACCUAAAGAGACUCUCCCUCUGUGGCAUCCAGGCAGACUGUGUGCUUGGGUACUAAGCAAUCUUGUUAUGUUUGAUUAUUGUACUUUUUUAUUAAUAAAGUAUUUUAAACUUCA